UUCCUCCGUACAGUCACGCACAGUCAUGUGGCGUUCACACGAUUGAUCGGGAAAUGUAGGAGUAGAAGAAAGUAAGACAGCUAAAACGUUCGAUAGUUUGUAUAAUUUUGUUUUCAACACAAGAAGCCAGUUGACUGGGAACAAUGGUGAAAUACUUCACCUGCGCAGGCUUUCUUAAGUGUUCAUGGGACCAAGUGUUUCUUGCAUUCUGGCAGAGAUAUCCCAACCCCUACAGUAAUCAUGUUUUGACGGAAGACAUCGUAUUUCGGGAAGUCACUCCGGACAACCAUCUCAUUUCCAGACGACUCUUGACCAAAACAAGCAGAUCUCCUCGCUGGGCAGAGAAGUUUCUGCCUGCUCAAAUGGCACAGAAAGCUUACAUCAUUGAGGACUCAAUAGUGGAUCCUCAGAGCAGGACCAUGACCACACUCACCUGGAACGUCACGCAUGCACGUGUAAUGAGUGUUGAAGAGCGCUGUGUGUACAAAGUGAACCCUGACAACAACAGCUGGACAGAGAUCAAUAGAGAAGCCUGGAUCUCCUCCAGCCUGUACGGCCUGUCUAGAGCCAUUCAGGAAUUUGGUCUUGCCCGGUUUAAGAGCAAUGUUACAAAGACCAUGAAAGGCUUUGAGUACGUCUUGGCCAAGAUGCAAGGUGAAAUACCAACAAGAACACUGGCAGAAACUGCAACUGUGAAAGCUCGUGAGACUGCACUCGCUGCCAAAGAGAAAGCGAAAGAUUUAGCCUCACAAGCGCAGAAGAAACAGUAUGUGUAAUGAGCAAAGGAAUUUUGACAUGGCGCAGCAGUGCAUUGUUGUGCCCGGACUCUCCCAGCUCUACUGAACAGGGCUGUGCCAGUCCAUCAUACAGGGCACACGUUAGAGGGGGUUUGUGGAAUAAUUCUAAAUAAUUCGAAAUAAAAUUGCACCUGUCCGGAUUCCUUAGAAUUAAAAUGCAUUUCCUGCUCUGAAGGUCACCUGAUCCAUCACACCUGUUCCCUCUCUAAACCAAAUCCCUUCAGUAAACUUGAUUUAAUGCAGCCACAUAAUUUUCUUCCUGCUUUAUCAGGUCUGGUUUUACAUGAGAUAUUGUUGCAUUUUAGAUUUUUUUUCUUUACAAGAUUAAAUUAAUUUCCAUCUCUGACUCCUCAUGUUCACGCUUGCUGAGGUUAAGAAAUCUGCCUUGUUUAGCAAUGUAAUUUGUUGCUUCAAAUUGAAGUUCUAUCUGCAUUGAUGGGUCCACGGUUCCAGCGGUCAUUGCCAACUUGAUAUCUAUAGAGUUCUGCAGAUCGGCCUGAUCUUUGGCACAUGAGAGAAUUUUCCAGAAAGGAUUGCAAUGGGCGAAAAUGUUUGUAUACAAGUGUAAAAAUUGUUAUUGAAAAUAUGUCAAAUGUUGAAUGACUAAAACAAAUGCAUUUGUUUAAUGAAACCGAUAGCUUAACAUGUUGUAUAGCUCUUAAUAUUUGUGAUCAAUGGUUAUCGCCAAUAAAUAUUU